AUGCGUUUCUCUCCCAUCGCUCUCGCUGCUGCGGCGGCCACCGGUGCCUUGGCUGCCCCCGGCCGUGAGUCCAAGCCGGUCUCCCGCGGCUUUGCUUGCGGUGCCCCGGAGCCGCAUGCCGAGCACAUCAAGAUCUCGCAGGGCUUUGCGGCCCAGGAGCUUGAGGUCCUGCGCUCAGGCAACCUGACCACCAUGGCGACCACCACCGUCGACCUGUACUUCCACGUCGUGUCGACCUCGACCUCGGAGAGCGGCGGUAACAUUCCGGACUCCAAGCUGUCGUCGCAGGUCUCGGCCAUGAACUCGGCCUACGCCCCGUACGGCUUCCAGUUCUCGCUCAAGGGCACCACCCGCACCGUCAACGCCGCAUGGGCCGACGACAACAACGGGUACGAGAUGACCAUGAAGCGGUCGCUCCGCAAGGGAACCUACCAGACCCUCAACGUCUACUUCCUCCCCGGCAUGGGUGACAACCUGGGCUACUGCUACUUCCCCGAGGCCGGCGGUGCCACCUCUGGCUCGACCACCCAGAUCCGCGACGGCUGCACCGUCCUCUCGACCACCGUCCCCGGCGGUAGCCUCAACAACUACAACCUCGGCGGCACCGUCAUCCACGAGGUCGGCCACUGGUUCGGCCUGUACCACACCUUCCAGGGCGGCUGCACCGGCUCCGGUGACUCUGUCUCUGACACCCCGGCCCAGGCCAGCCCCAGCAGCGGGUGCCCGGUCGGCCGUGACUCGUGCCCCAGCCAGGCCGGUCUCGACCCCAUCCACAACUACAUGGACUACUCCUAUGACACCUGCUACGAGGAGUUCACUGCCGGCCAACAGGCCCGCAUGGCCAGCUUCUUCAGCAACUACCGCCAGGGCAAAUAA